AUGAUGUUGAUAACUGUAAGACAGAAGAAAAUGAUACAGGAAGACGAAGAUGAAAAAAUAAACCCGAAGACGAAAGUAGACAAUAAAGGUUGGGUGACGCAGAUGUUGAACCCCAAGAAUAUUUUUGCAACUCGCAAAGGAAAAGCCGCUGAAUCCUUUGACUUUUGCCGUGGACUCAAGUUAAAGAACAAAAACGGAACUGUUGGUGGUAAGGAUGCGGUAUUCAAGAACAAAACCAUGUGUGUUGUGAAUAGUGGCAUAGCUUUCAAUUCACCAUUUCCUGUUCUACUGAGACGAGAAAGAAAAGUUGAAUUAAUUUUGUCGUUCGACUUCAGUCAAAGAGAUAAUGGAGACAAAGAACCUCCUUUUCAUGAACUAGGCAAGAUAUCCAACUUUUAUCCAGCAGAGAUAUGGGCAAGAGAAAAUAAAUAUCCCUUUCCAAAUAUUAAGGAUAAUCCGGUGGUCAAAGAUUCAGAGGUCAAAGAUUGUGAAAUUCGUGAAUGUUAUGUAUUUGAAGAUGAAAAUGAUCCGAACUGCCCAACAAUUUUACAUUUUCCAGCUGUAAACAACUCAUUUCGAGAGUAUCUUAGCCCAGGUGUGAGAAAGAGAAAGAUGACGACAUAGAGUUUGCAAACUUUGACAUUUUUGACGACCCCGAUGAUUCUUAUUCCUCCUUCAAAUUUGAAUACAAGCCCAAAACUUUCGAAAGAUUGCAUGAACUAAUGAAAUACAAUACGCUCGUGAGCAUUGAUCUGAUCAAGGGAAAAUAAUCGAUAUUGUAAAGUACAGGCGAAAGCACAGAAAGUAUGCUAAGAAACACUCAUUAAAGGAAAAAAAUGUUAACAAUAGUUUUAGUUCCUUCACUUGUAUACCAAUAUACCAAAAUAAUCCACAUCUUAUAAACCAACCUAACAUUUAAACUAUAAUUUGUUAGUGCCCGUUUGUAGUGUUAGUAGAUUAAUUUGCUUUAUUAUAUGUAAUUCCACAGACUUACAUUUGUAUUACAUAAUAAGCGUGUAUGUAACUGAUGUUGUACUUACGUAGGAGUAAAGCUCAUAAAUAAAAUGAUCAAAAGUUCAUAAUAAGUAAUAUCUUACAUUUACUUUUCUACCUCCAAUGUCCUAGCUUUAUAUUCAGGCUGAUUUCUAAUGUAAGUACUUACGUAGGGAUAAAGUUCACAAAUAAAUAUAAUCAAAAGUUCA